CGCAGCUUCCCAGCGGGGUUUGCUUACUUCCACCCGAGGGGACGUCACCGUCAGCCCGGGCAAAGACCGCCACACCGGCGCCCACCAGCCUCCAUCACCACUGGUCUCUCUGCAAACUGCCCCAAGCAACUAACUAACAGACAGACAUGGCUCCUUUUGAGAAAUCCAUGGAGAUGAUGCCGUUCAAGCAGAGGAAAUGCCUUGCAACAAGAAAAGAUGAAGUAUGCAGCAUUCGGUCUAAAUUCCCAAACAAGUUGCCUGUGAUUGUCGAACGUUACAUCCGUGAAAAGACUCUCCCCCUGUUGGACAAAACAAAGUUCCUGGUUCCCUUUGAGCUCACCUUGGGUCAGUUCCUCUGCCUGCUCAGGAAUAAGAUUGACUUGGACUCUACCCAGGCUCUGUUCCUCCUGGUGGCAGAGAAGAGCAUGUCCUGCAUGUCCUCCAGCAUGGGGGAGGUUUACUCCCGCUACAGCGACACUGACGGCUUCCUCUACAUCACCUAUGCCUCGCAGGAGAUGUUCGGAGCACCUCAGUCAGUGGCCAGGCCGCCCUCCUGAGCCUCAAACACAUAAAAGAAAUGAACUGAACCUGGACCAACGGUGGUGACACCACACAGCCAAACUGGGAAAAAAAUGGGACAAACUGAGCCAAGCCGGGACAGUUUUGUCCAUUUUUUUUAGCCCCAAACUGCACCUCAGACUACCUCAUGAACCCUUAUGGACUUUUAAACACAACACAUCACUCUGUACUUCUUUUUACUGCACUGGAGCCUCAGUAAGCCAGAACUAGACUCACGGGGACAAAACUCACCCUGAUGAAGACGCUUGAUUGAUUGUGUGAUUGGCUCAUUUGAUGAUUUCUGUUAAGAGAUAUUGGGAGGAAAAAGUACAAGUCAAUACAGAGAAUUGUUUGAGAACAACAGAAACAUCGAGCUUCGAUGUAAACGAACCAGUUUCCACAUAACUGCACUGCCAGUUCAGGGUAAAACCAGUUUAGUGGAACCACCACCAUCAUUUUCUCCACUCUCCCAAAACAAAGUCAGUGUGUUGCGUAAUCAGACUCUUCUUUUUAGCACUUAUCUCCCCUUCCUCCUCUCUUUUCUCUGAUUGCCUCUUCAUUCUCACCCUCCCUCAAAAAUGUGAAACUGUGCUCUGGACUCUGGCAGAUCAUUACAGGGACUUUAGAGGACGUUGUUGCUGCUCUGAUGUGUUUCUGUAUCCAGCUGUCAGUAUUCCAAAAAUAAAUGAAUUCUUAUCCUUUUAA